UACUCUUUGUUACUCUCUCUCUGUUGCUUUCUUCCUGGGCAGCUUCAUUUCUUAGCACUCUCUCUCUCUCUCUCUCUUUCUCUCUUCGCAUUUCCUGUAACCGCCUCUUUCUCUUGCUGUGUUAGCAUAUUUCUUCUUCGUCUCACUUUCUAUUUCUGUUUUUGUUUUCGUUGCUUGCGGAUGUCCGAUUUAGUAGCCUGAAGCUCUUCCUCUUCAUCAUCUGAAAGAGAGCGUGUUUGAACACAGAGGGUUUGGUAGUAGAAGGAAAGAUGUUGUCGAGAGGAGGAGGAGGAGCCGGCUCCUCCGAUCAGCCUCCGCAUCUGAGGCGACUCCCGCGGACGCAGACGGCUGGGAAUCUCGGUGAGACAAUGUUUGAUAGUGAGGUGGUGCCGUCUUCGCUUGUUGAUAUUGCGCCGAUUCUCCGUGUGGCUAAUGAAGUUGAACCGAGUAACCCAAGAGUUGCUUAUCUCUGCCGCUUUUAUGCCUUUGAGAAAGCUCAUAGAUUGGAUCCCACUUCAAGUGGACGAGGUGUUCGCCAAUUUAAAACGGCCCUCCUUCAGCGCCUUGAAAGAGAAAAUGAUCCAACAUUACUGGGAAGGGGGAAAAAAAGUGAUGCGCGUGAAAUGCAGAGUUUUUAUCAACAUUAUUACAAAAAAUAUAUACAAGCGUUGCAAAAUGCUGCUGAUAAAGCUGACCGUGCACAGCUUACUAAGGCAUACCAAACUGCUAAUGUUCUUUUUGAGGUUUUAAAGGCUGUCAAUUUGACAGAGUCUAUGGAAGUUGAUCGUGAGAUUUUAGAAGCGCAAGACGAAGUUGCUGAAAAGACUCAGAUUUGUGUUCCUUACAAUAUACUUCCUCUGGAUCCUGAUAGUGCGAAUCAGGCUAUCAUGAAAUAUCCUGAGAUUCAAGCAGCAGUUGUUGCCCUCCGAAACACUAGGGGUCUUCCAUGGCCCAAGGACCACAAUAAAAAGAAAGAUGAAGACAUUUUAGAUUGGCUUCAGGAAAUGUUUGGAUUUCAGAAGGAUAAUGUGGCUAAUCAAAGGGAGCACCUCAUCUUAUUACUUGCAAAUGUCCACAUACGGCAGUUUCCAAAGUCUGAUGGACAACCCAAGUUGGACGAUCGAGCGCUGACAGAUGUGAUGAAGAAACUUUUCAAGAACUACAAGAAAUGGUGCAAAUACUUGGAUCGGAAAAGUAGUCUUUGGUUACCAACCAUACAGCAGGAGGUGCAACAGCGUAAAUUACUCUAUAUGGGUCUCUAUCUUCUAAUUUGGGGGGAGGCUGCAAAUUUGCGAUUCAUGCCGGAAUGCCUUUGUUAUAUUUAUCAUCAUAUGGCAUUUGAAUUGUAUGGUAUACUUGCUGGAAAUAUCAGUCCCAUGACAGGAGAGAAUGUGAAGCCAGCCUAUGGAGGCGAUGAAGAAGCUUUCUUGAGGAAAGUUGUUACGCCUAUAUAUGAAGUGAUUGCAAAGGAAGCUGAACGGAGCCAAAAAGGAAAAUCAAAACAUUCUCAAUGGAGGAAUUAUGAUGAUUUAAAUGAAUACUUCUGGUCUGUUGACUGUUUCCGGCUAGGUUGGCCAAUGCGUGCAGAUGCUGAUUUCUUUUGUCUUCCCAUCGAGCAGCUCCGUGAUAAAAUCGGGGAGAACAAGCCUGCUCAUAGAGAUCGAUGGAUGGGGAAAGUUAAUUUUGUGGAGAUUCGUUCAUACUGGCAUGUUUUCAGAAGCUUUGAUCGAAUGUGGAGUUUCUUUAUUCUUUGCUUACAGGCUAUGAUUAUUGUUGCUUGGAAUGGUUCUGGCCAACUAAAUGGAGUAUUUGAUGGUGAAGUAUUCAAGAAAGUAUUAAGUGUCUUUAUAACUGCUGCAAUACUAAAGCUUGGGCAAGCUGUCCUUGAUGUAGUUCUUAGUUGGAAAGCGCAACGGAGCAUGUCAUUCCAUGUUAAGCUGAGAUACAUCUUAAAAGUUGUUUCAGCUGCUGCCUGGGUGAUUGUACUACCAGUCACUUAUGCUUAUACGUGGGAGAAUCCUCCAGGGUUUGCCCAAACCAUCAAAAGUUGGUUCGGCAAUAGUACAAAUUCACCCUCGUUGUUUAUUUUGGCGGUUGUUAUUUAUUUGUCUCCGAAUAUGCUGGCUGCUGUUUUGUUUCUUUUCCCUUUCAUUCGUCGAUUCCUGGAGAGAUCUAAUUAUAGGAUUAUAAUGCUCAUGAUGUGGUGGUCACAGCCUCGGCUGUACGUCGGGAGGGGAAUGCAUGAAAGCACAUUUUCUCUCUUCAAGUAUACAUUGUUCUGGGUUCUUCUAAUAAUUACGAAGUUGGCGUUUAGUUACUAUAUUGAGAUAAAACCUUUAGUGGGACCAACAAAGCAGAUCAUGAGCAUUCAGAUAACUAAUUUCCAGUGGCAUGAAUUCUUUCCUCGUGCUAAGAACAAUAUUGGUGUUGUAAUUGCUCUCUGGGCUCCGAUUAUUCUUGUCUAUUUUAUGGAUGCCCAGAUCUGGUAUGCCAUAUUCUCUACUUUAUUUGGAGGCAUUUAUGGUGCAUUUCGUCGCCUUGGAGAGAUUCGAACACUAGGAAUGCUAAGAUCUCGUUUUGAAUCAUUGCCUGGUGCUUUUAAUGCCUGUUUAAUCCCUGAGGAGAGGAGUGAACCUAAAAAGAAAGGAUUGAGGGCCACUUUCUCCCGCAACUUUGCUCAGAUCCCUUCAAACAAAGAGAUCGAAGCUGCUAGAUUUGCUCAGUUGUGGAACAAAAUAAUCAGUAGUUUCAGAGAGGAAGAUCUUAUAAGCAAUAGGGAAAUGGACUUGCUGCUUGUCCCAUAUUGGGCUGACCGUGAAUUGGACCUUAUUCGGUGGCCUCCAUUUCUGCUUGCAAGCAAGAUCCCAAUAGCAUUAGAUAUGGCCAAGGAUAGUAAUGGUAAAGAUCGAGAGCUGAAGAAGAGAAUUGAGACUGAUCCUUACAUGCCCUGUGCUGUUAAGGAAUGCUAUGCUUCGUUUAGGAACAUCAUUAUGUUCUUGGUUAAAGGGGACCGUGAGAAAAGGGUUAUAGAGGACAUAUUUGGUGAAUUCGAAAAACGUAUAGAAGAGGGUACAUUAAUUCAGGAAUGCAAGAUGAGUGCCCUUCCUGUCCUCUAUGAACACUUUGUGAAGCUGAUCAAAUAUUUGUUAGAUAAUAGACAAGAGGAUAAGGAUCAAGUCGUAAUUUGUUUCCAGGACAUGCUGGAAGUGGUAUCAAGAGAUAUAAUGAUGGAGGAUCAGAUAUCCAGUUUGGUAGAUUCGAUCCAUGGUGGAUAUGGACACGAAGAGGAGGGUCCUCAAUAUCAAUUAUUUGCAUCUGAAGGAGCCAUCACAUUCCCUUUAAACCCAGUUACAGAAGCUUGGACAGAGAAGAUCAAACGGCUUUAUCUGUUGCUUACUACAAAGGAAUCAGCUAUGGAUGUACCUUCCAACUUAGAAGCUAGGCGGCGUAUAUCUUUUUUCUCAAAUUCACUGUUUAUGGACAUGCCUUCUGCACCUAAAGUUCGCAACAUGCUUUCUUUCUCUGUUUUAACUCCAUACUACACGGAGGAGGUCCUCUUCUCUUUGAAAGAGUUAGAAUCGCCAAAUGAAGAUGGUGUUUCAAUUCUCUUUUAUUUGCAAAAGAUUUUUCCAGAUGAAUGGAAAAACUUUCUUGAGCGAGUGAAAUGCCUUAGUGAAGAAGAACUUAAAGGAUCUGAUGAACGAUCUGAUGAACUAGAAGAAGAGCUCCGCCUCUGGGCAUCAUAUAGAGGCCAAACUUUAACAAGAACUGUGAGAGGUAUAAUGUACUAUCGGAAAGCUUUGGAACUGCAGGCUUUUCUUGAUAUGGCCCAACAUGAAGAUUUGAUGGAAGGCUAUAAGGCAAUUGAAUUAAAUGUGGAUGAUAACAAGGGGGAAAGAUCAUUGGUGACACAGUGUCAAGCCGUUCCUGAUAUGAAAUUCACGUAUGUUGUCUCAUGCCAACAAUAUGGUAUUCACAAGCGAUCUGGUGAUCAUCGUGCACAGGACAUUUUGAGGCUGAUGACAAAGUAUCCCUCACUUCGUGUAGCAUUCAUUGAUGAGGUCGAAAAACCCGGUGAAGACAGAUCAAAAAAGAUCAACCAGAAGAUCUAUUACUCAGUUUUGGUGAAGGCUGCACCAAAGUCUAUUGAUUCUCCUGAUCCAAUUCAAAGUUUGGACGAGGAAAUUUAUCGUAUAAGACUUCCUGGACCUGCCAUUUUGGGUGAAGGAAAGCCAGAAAAUCAAAACCAUGCUAUUAUAUUCACCCGUGGAGAGGGGUUGCAAACAAUAGAUAUGAACCAGGAUAAUUACAUGGAAGAAGCCUUGAAAAUGAGGAAUUUGUUGCAAGAAUUCCUUAAGAAGCAUGAUGGUGUGAGGUGUCCAACUAUUCUUGGACUUAGAGAGCAUAUAUUUACUGGAAGUGUUUCUUCACUUGCUUGGUUCAUGUCUAAUCAGGAGACCAGUUUUGUGACAAUCGGUCAAAGACUUUUAGCCAAUCCUCUGAAGGUUAGAUUCCAUUAUGGUCAUCCAGAUGUGUUUGAUAGGCUCUUUCACCUUAGUAGAGGAGGUGUCAGUAAAGCAUCCAAGGUUAUCAAUUUGAGUGAAGACAUAUUUGCUGGCUUCAAUUCAACCCUUCGUGAAGGCAAUGUUACCCAUCAUGAGUACAUACAAGUCGGGAAGGGAAGGGAUGUCGGCCUGAAUCAGAUUUCUAUGUUUGAGGCUAAGAUAGCUAAUGGCAAUGGGGAGCAGACAAUGAGUAGAGAUAUAUACCGGCUUGGACACCGAUUCGACUUUUUCCGAAUGUUGUCAUGCUAUUUCACUACCAUUGGAUUUUACUUCAGUACUCUGAUAACUGUGCUCACUGUGUAUGUUUUCCUGUAUGGCCGCCUCUAUCUUGUUCUUAGUGGUCUUGAAGAAGGGUUGAGUACUCAGCCAGCAAUUCGAGACAAUAAGCCUCUUCAAGUUGCUCUUGCAUCUCAAUCUAUUGUUCAAAUAGGAUUUUUGAUGGCCUUACCUAUGUUGAUGGAAAUUGGCCUGGAAAGGGGUUUCCGGACUGCACUAAGUGAAUUUAUUCUGAUGCAAUUGCAAUUGGCACCAGUCUUUUUCACAUUCUCUCUUGGAACAAAGACUCACUAUUACGGAAGGACAUUACUUCAUGGAGGUGCAAAAUAUAGGCCUACAGGUCGUGGGUUUGUGGUCUUCCAUGCCAAAUUUGCAGACAAUUACAGGCUUUAUUCACGUAGUCACUUUGUCAAGGGUAUUGAGAUGUUGGUCCUGCUUGUCGUGUACGAAAUCUUUGGUCAAUCUUAUAGAGGUUCUGUCGCUUAUAUCUUGAUCACAAUUUCUAUGUGGUUUAUGGUGGGCACCUGGCUUUUCGCUCCAUUCUUAUUCAAUCCUUCUGGUUUUGAGUGGCAAAAAAUUGUUGAUGAUUGGACUGAUUGGAAUAAGUGGAUAAGCAACCGAGGAGGUAUUGGUGUGCCUCCAGAAAAGAGUUGGGAAUCAUGGUGGGAGGAAGAACAGGAGCAUCUUCGUCAUUCUGGAUUGCGCGGAAUCAUUGCUGAGAUAUUGUUAGCUUUAAGAUUCUUUAUCUAUCAGUAUGGGCUUGUAUAUCAUCUGAAAAUUACAAGGCACACGAAAAGUUUCCUGGUCUAUGGUAUAUCAUGGCUGGUGAUCUUUCUAAUAUUGUUUGUGAUGAAGACUGUAUCUGUUGGAAGGCGAAAAUUCAGUGCUAAUUUCCAGCUUGUGUUCCGACUUAUCAAGGGAUUGAUAUUUUUGACUUUUGUCUCCAUUCUGGUCAUUUUGAUUGCACUUCCACAUAUGACAGCGCAAGACAUCAUUGUGUGUAUUCUUGCUUUCAUGCCCACUGGUUGGGGAAUGUUGCUGAUUGCACAAGCAUUGAAGCCUCUAGUUCAGCAAGCUGGGUUCUGGGGAUCAGUUCGGACACUUGCUCGUGGCUAUGAAAUUGUUAUGGGCUUACUUCUCUUCACCCCAGUUGCAUUCUUGGCUUGGUUUCCUUUUGUCUCAGAAUUCCAGACCCGUAUGCUCUUUAACCAAGCAUUCAGCAGAGGUCUGCAGAUUUCUCGUAUUCUCGGAGGCCAACGGAAGGAUCGCUCUUCCAGGAACAAGGAUCCAUGACUGUAAGUGCAAUAUUUAUAUUAUCAUUUGCUAGUCACGAAAACUUGUUUAUUGUUCAUAUGUAUUUCUAGGAUGAACUGGGGGUAGCAUUUUUGCUAAUUAAAUUGACUCCCCAAGCCCUGUUAGCAGCCCUAAGGUGUCUUAUUAAGACAUUCGGAUAACAUUUCGGAAUGUCAUCAAAUCGUAAUUUGUUGAUUUAUUUUUCUCUUCAUUCUGAAAUCAAACCAAAAGCAUUCAUUUUU